AUAAUGUAUUCUAAACAAACGUGGUGAAGGGAAACGUGAUUACUGAUUACCUAAUACCUUUGUGUAAUUAAUAUUGUUUUUUCGAAAGCUGGAUUAAUAUUUUGAUACCUAUACUUGGUUGAUUGUGGUAAAGUAGAGCCUGUGGGUCUUGAUUAAUUUUUUCCUAUUAAAUUGCGUUAAGUUUUUUUCACAAAGAACAUUAAACAUUUACAACAAUGCAAGUAGACUAUGUACAGUUUGCGUAUGCAGCAACAGUAGCCGCAGGAGGCAUCUUUGGCUAUGUCAAAGCAGCGAGUAUUCCAAGUUUGUCUGCUGGAUUAGUUUUUGGAUCCUUAUUGGGUUUCGGAGCAUAUCAGUUAUCUAAAAAUCCAAAUAAUCUUGCACUUUCUUUGGGAACUAGUGCUGUUCUAGGAGGUAUAAUGGGAGUAAGAUACUUGAAUAGUGGAAAAAUAAUGCCGGCCGGCUUAUUGGCAGCUAUUAGUUUGGCCAUGGUGAUCCGACUGGGUGCUAGACAAGUCAUUGUAUGGUCGUCAAAAAACGAAUAAGUAAUCCUGGGGAAACAAGUCAUGAUCAGCAAACGUCACCAGCAAAUAUAGUCAUUACAGAAGUAGAUCCACCUCCUCAAAGACUAAUAGACAGUAAAACUGAAGUCCGGAGUGAUAUUACUUCAUAGUUCUUUCAACGGUUUUCAUGAUUCCUUUACCCCAGGAUUUUUUAAUAAAUCUAAAUUUAUAUUUUAAUAUAAAAUUGUAUUAAUUUUUAUUAUUAAAACUAGUUCUAAUUCUAGUUUAAUUGAAUAAUUAUGGUGGAAGGUAUUUUAUUUAAUUUUUUACACUUUUGAUUAUAAAAUCUGACUGAAUAAGAAAACUAA